GCGGCGGUGACGUCGCGGAGGGGGAAGUUUUAGUUGUUUUUGCUCGUCUACUGUAGCAUUGGACCAGAAACCGGCAAAACCAGAGUCUCUGGUCCCGGUUUAUUCACAAUAAUGUGCCAAUGAAUCCCUCGUGUAGUUGAGGCUGUAGUCGAUGAAGGAAUGGAGGUGCUGGACAGUCCUCUCAAUCUCGCCCAUCAACAGUGCAGGAAAGCCGACCGCUUGGUGGCUGCUGGGAAAUUUGAAGAUGCCAUCUCCUGCCACAGAAAAGCUGCAGAACUUCUGAAGGAGGCCAUGAAGCUCACGGAGUGUGAACAGGCACGCUUGUCUCUGGAGCUUCAGAGGGACAGUCACAUCAAACAGCAGAGACUGAUCGAGGAGCGAUGGAAGCGAGCUAAGCGAGAGGACAAGCCCAGAACGCUCCAGCCCGUCUCCUCCUCGGACCAGACGCCACGCCGUUACCUACAGCCAGAAGGAACGGCCCAACCCUCCGAACGCGAGUACGACACCUGGCUGUACCUCCUGAAGAACAAAGGCACCGUCCCAGAGCCCUGCACCGGCAGCAAAGCCCAGAAAGACGACAAAACCCGUCUGGAAGAGCAGCAGACCACCAUCAAUGACCUACGCAAGCUGGUGGACCGCCUGGUGUCUGAUAACGAGCGGCUGAAAGAGGAGAACGAGCGGAUACGGGCGGAGAACGUGCGGCUGAAGAAGGAACACUACGCCGAUGCAGACUUCGUGGAGAAGUCUGAGCUGUGGGUGCUUCCGCAGACGGCCGAGGAGCGCAAGGCCAAGGACAUUCCCAUCCCACAGCUCCCUCCACUGGAGAUGCCCACUCAGGAGAUCCCUCUGGAAGACCUGCCUGGGCUGGAGCUUCCUGAGGACAUCCAGCAGGAGCUGCAGGAGCUGCUGGACGGAGAGAAGCUGUGAACACUCACACACCAAAGGGAGACUUCCAUCGCCAUCGAGUGCCAGAGGAAGCGCAUUAGAACGAUCUGAGAAGGCACUCGGCGGCGUAAGCAAUGGUUCACUCGGCCGUGAGCAGGUUUGGUUCACGACUUUUCUCAGUGGCGCCCGUAGCGAUUGGAUGUAUACGAUAAGAAAGAAACUCUAUUUGAAGUACGUGUGCCUUUUUGAACAUUUCGAACACAUUUUUUUGUUGUUGUCGUUAUGAAGUUCUCGUGAAAAGGGACGUUGGAGAUGAACAGAUUCUGUCGGACACUAUGCUAUCAGACUUUUUAUCAGCAAAAUCCCACUUGAAAUUGAAAAAAUGUCCUACAUAGACACUGUGAAUUACAUUCAUAAUGUGUGUUUUGUGUGUGUGUGUGAGGGUUUCGUGCAGUACCGUUGACGUUGCGUCGACGUUGGUGUUCAUGCAGUUUCAGUCGUCUAUCAACGCAGAUUUAGGGCAUAAAGGAAGCCAAGAGGCAUCAAUACAAUUAGUUCUGCAUUCUGCUUCCACACACAGAUAAGCAGCUUUGCAGCAGCAGCUCUCGUUUCGCCUUAUUGCAGAAGUCCUGUGGACUAGAACCAAGCCCAGUCAUGAUGUCAUCUCUGCCAGAUCGCUAAUAACCGUGGAUUAUUUCUAUAGAAGGGACUUUGGGACUGAACAUGAGUGUGAAACUAUUGCAUUCAGAACUAUAAGCAAUAAUCAUGUCAUGUGCUCCAGUAUCACUUCUUCGUUUCUCAUCUCUACUGUUUCCUGCUCUUCAGCAUAGGAAUGGACUUGUCCCGAAACCUUCACUCUCUGUCCACAUCAGGAACUCUGGAUGAACUGACGUUGUUAUUAGUUCUUUUGAAGCUUCGUUUUGUAUUGUACUCAUCAAUCAAGGAUCGUCUGGAUCACGAUGCUAAUAUUUUCAGGUUACUGAUUGCACAAUCAUACAUUGUCUAACAAAAAAAGCAGGUUCACUCCUCACACUUAUCAAAAGCGUACCAACAUGUGCCAGACGCGCCUGGGAAGAGAUGAAUUUAUGGCUCAUAUUUUUGGUCAUGAAGAGGGAACCAAAUCCAGAUUUUUCUUUUAUUAUUAUUAUUAUUAUUUUUUUCAUAAUGUUUUAAUUACUGGUUUACCACAGUAAUCAGGGUGCAUCAGAUUUUGUUAUUUUACCUUUUGUUUUAUGAUGUAAAAAAAUCAAUGAAAAUCAUACAAUGAAAGUGUUUUGAUGCAUGAAUGGCUGUUCUACAGUAGAUGUACGUACAUGAUUAAGAUAUUGAAAACAAGAAUUUAUGUAUAAUUCUUUUGUGAGUUUACUUGUUCUGACAAGCAUUAAAGAUUUUAACAUGUGGAA